AUUUCAAAUUAAAAUUUGUCAACCGGCCGUCUCUGUCUCUGUCUGUCUGGUCGGGUCGUCUCUGCUGAAUUGAAAUUCCCGAAUCGCAGCAUCCUUCCUUCCUUCCUUCCUUCCUUGUUGUGGACUGGUGAGAUAGAGAGGGCAGGCACGCAGGCACGCAGACAGAGAGAGGCGAAUGGGCAGGGACGGUGGUAUCCUUGAGAAGCUGAGGAGUUUGGACGCCUACCCUAAAAUCAAUGACGAUUUCUUCAGCCGUACGCUCUCUGGUGGCCUCAUUACCCUCGCAUCUUCCCUCCUCAUGUUCUUCCUCUUCGUCUCCGAGCUCGGACUAUACCUCCACACUGUUACGGAGUCGAAGCUUCUUGUAGAUGUUUCAAGAGGAGAAACCCUACAUAUCAAUUUUGAUGUAACUUUUCCAGCUAUCCGAUGCUCAUUACUCAGUCUUGACACAAUGGAUAUUAGUGGAGAGCGGCAUUUUGACAUACGACACGAUAUAGUCAAGAAACGAAUUGAUGCGCAUGGUAAUGUAAUAGAAGCUAAGAAGGAUGGAAUUGGUGCACCAAAGAUUGAGAGCCCCUUGCAAAGGCAUGGUGGAAGGCUUGAGCAUAAUGAAAAAUAUUGUGGAUCGUGCUUUGGAGCAGAAACGUCUGAUGAUGAUUGCUGCAACUCGUGUGAUGAAGUUCAAGAGGCAUAUAGGAAAAAAGGCUGGGCACUGACGAAUGCAGAUUUGAUAGACCAGUGUGAACGGGAAGGUUUUAUUCAAAAGAUAAAAGAUGAAGAUGGUGAAGGAUGUAAUAUUGAAGGAUCCCUUGCAGUUAACAAAGUCGCGGGAAAUUUUCAUUUUAUGCCUGGAAAAAGUUUUCACCAGUCUAACUUUCAUGUCCAUGAUUUGCUGGCUUUCCAGAUGGAUAGUUACAAUAUAAGUCACAAGAUAAACAGAUUAGCUUUUGGUGACCAGUUUCCUGGCAUGCAAAAUCCCCUUGAUGGUGUACAAUGGAUGCAGGAAAGACCAGGUGGUAUGUACCAGUAUUUCAUCAAGGUGGUCCCUACGCUAUACACCAAUAUUAGAGGCCGUACAAUUCGCUCAAAUCAGUACUCUGUGACAGAGCAUUAUAAGAGUUCAGAGCUGGGACACUCUCAAUUGCCACCGGGAGUUUUCUUCUAUUAUGAUCUUUCUCCAAUUAAGGUCACAUUCAAAGAAGAACAUGUUCCGUUUUUACACUUCGUGACCCAUAUUUGUGCCAUAGUUGGAGGUAUAUUUACCGUUGCAGGACUUGUAGAUUCGUUUAUAUAUUACGGUCAAAGAGCAAUUAGGAAGAUGGAAGCUGGAAAAUUUGGGUGAAUCCGGCAGUUGGGUAUGUGCUGCUCUAAUAUCCUCGGCUUUCUGGGAGACAUCGAUUACAAGUAGAUGGUCAUCGAAUUACUCUCUCCUCUCUCGAGUGUCGUCGUGAUCACAGAUUAUUAGCAAAUAUGUGAAACUAAAUACAAAUGUGUAAUGUUAAAUUCAUUUGGUUGAGUUUUUCUUUUUGUAAGUCAACUUACUGGUUAUGCAAAGUGAUUUCAUGCGUGUAACCACAAAGGUCGUUCAGGCUUCCUAACAGAUAAAUGCACCAAAGUACUAAUUAAUGGGUAAUGUACUAUAUUUCAACAAAA